GACGAAUCUUUCGCAGCAGAAAGUACUACCUCCAAAUUAUCUCACUUCAAACUCGUUUAAUCCAACGUACGUUUGCAAUGGGGCUAGAUAUAGUCCAAUUUCUAGAAAACAAGACCAUACUUGUUACUGGCGCCACUGGCUUCCUAGCAAAGAUUUUUGUGGAGAAGAUACUCCGAAUUCAACCAAAUGUGAAGAAAAUGUUCCUCCUUAUUAGAGCGGCAGAUGAACAAUCAGCCGCAUGUCGGUUGCACGAAGAGCUCAUAGAGAAGAAGUUAUUCGACGUGUUAAGGCAAAAAUGUGCACCAAACUUAGGCUCCAUUCCGGAGAAGUUACAUGCACUUCCAGGUGAUAUUUCAAGUGAGAAUUUGGGAUUGAAUGACUCCUAUUUGAGGUCCGAGAUGUGGAGAGAAAUCGAUAUCAUAGUCCAUUCAGCCGCGACUACCACAUUUGAUGAUCGGUAUGACACUGCACUAGCCAUAAAUACGUAUGGAGCUAAGCAUGUUGCGGAAUUUGCUACAAGAUGCGUCAAUAUAAAGAUGCUACUCCAUGUAUCAACUGCGUAUGUAUGUGGCAAAAAGAGCGGAGUUAUACCAGAAAAGGCAUUUAGCAUGGGUGAGACGAUGAGUGGAUCAAGAAAACUGGACGUCAAUGAAGAAAAGCUCUUGAGUGAAGGAUUGAUUAGUGAGCUUCGAGAAGAGAAUGCUUCAGAGGAGGAAAUAACCAUUGCUUUGAAGAAGUUGGGCCUGCAAAGGGCGAGGCUGCAUGGUUGGCCAAACACGUACACUUUGACAAAAGCAAUGGGAGAAAUGAUGAUGAGACAUCAUCUGAACUGGAAUGUAUCGCUUGCUGUUGUAAGACCAACGAUCAUAACCAGCACCUUGAAAGAACCUUUUCCUGGUUGGCUCGAGGGCUUCCCUUUCAGAGGCAUCGACAACAUCGCCAUCAAUUAUGGGAGAGGAAAAAUAAACUCCUACAUUGGUGAUCCAGACACUAUAUUUGACGUGAUACCGGUUGAUAUGGUGGUAAACGCCAUGAUUGUGGCCAUGGCGGUGCAUGCAAAUCAACCUUCAUAUAUGGUUUAUCAUGUGGGUUCCUCAAUGUGUAAUCCCCUGAGAUUUUCCGACUUUCGAGACUUCAGUCUCAAGUACUUCACAGACAACCCGUUGACAGAUGAGGAUGGAAAACUGGUCAAAGUUGGUAAACUUAUCCUAGUAGAUAGCAUGGAAAGCUUUCAAAAGCACUUGACCCAAUAUUACACUCUCCGGUCAAAGGAACAUAAUAAUUCCAAAAGCUUGCACGCUAACCUGAAAAGGAAUAUCAACAUCGCAAUGCGAGUGGCAGAACUCCAUAGGCCUUACACAUUAUUCAAGGGCAUUUUCGAUGAAACAAAUACAAAAGCUCUAAGAGCCACGGCCAUAGAGAAUGGAGUAGACUUGGAAAGUGUCUUCCGCUUUGAUCCAAGGUAUAUCGAUUGGGAGGACUAUUUCCAAAGAAUCCUUUUGCCAGGAAUCAGCAGUGCCUUCAAGCUUAAGCGAGCAAUGCUCUAACGUAUAGUAGUUUGGACUUGCAAAAGUUGAUGUGAUGAAUUGAUUAUCUAGUACUCUAUGAUUACAUGGAAAUGGACCAAAAUAAUGUAACAUGCAUGCGUUUUUAGUUUUCCCUUCAAGUCAAAUAUCAAUGUCAUCAACAAUUGGUAGCUCGUUCUUAAUAAA